CCGGACCGGACAGCAAAGAGUUAACGCGAAAGAGGAAAUCCCAUCUGGUUGGACACGCUGAGAAAUGCGAUUAUACCGACUCAGUUUAACACUGGCGAGCGGACGGAUUGCGCACUACGCGACCCUCCUCAUAGAGAAAGCUUAUUCUACAAGGUGAUCGUUACAGGCGACGCCUCUAUCUCUGAGCGAAAUACAGUAGCCAUUGUUACUGCUGGGACCGAGCUGAGGUUUGCAAGCAGGAUGUGGCUUGCCCUGACAGAACCCACACUGGGCCGAGGAAGCGCGUUCAGAACGGACUGCAGUUCUGCGUCCAGCAGCAGGUGAAUGGCCAGGUGCGCCUUCACGUGUGACAUCGUCUGACCGCGGGCCGUCUUAACGCGAUACGCGUGACUCUUUUUAACAAGUGUACUGAUUCGCUACUCGACUUGAAUUCAAAGAAGAGACCGAUCCGUGCGUCACCGGACCAUGAAGCACCAUCAUCAGUUGUUUAGGUGUUUUUGGCGAACUCUCGUCACUGUUCUUCUGUUUGAAGGCACCCCGCUCAUGAUGUUCAGAGGGACCCUAACUCUGACCCUAAACAGGGAUGACAGCAGCUUCACGCGGAUCACUCAUUCCUUUCACAACGUCACAAGUCAUAGAGGAGACCUGACGCCUCUGGCAAAGACAAGGCCAUUUGCUUUAGUUAAUGGACUUCAGAGAAGCCUGAGUGAUGUAUUACAGAACGGUCACCCUGACAGAUUGCAGUGUGGUUUACAAGUGGGAAGCAGCUUGUAUAUCUUGGACCUGGAAAAAAACCAAGAUCUUUUGCCAAAGCCGCCUAACGUAUUCUACUACCUGCCAAACGGAACCGGGGUGUCUAUGAAGGAGAACCCAGUGACGCAUUGCUACUAUCACGGUUCAGUGCAAGGUUACCCUCAGUCUCGUGUGGUACUCAGCUCCUGUUCUGGGUUAAGGGGAGUGAUAGUCAUUAACGCCACGCUGAGCUUUGAGCUGCAUCCUGAGGAAGAAAAGCCAGAAAAAGAAGAGGAAGGGAGCGGAGAGAUGGAAGAGGGAUUCAUGCAUGUGAUCUACCCGAUACGUCCGUUGACAUCCGAGUCUAGAGAUUGUGGAGUGUCACAUACCUCUAUUCCUCCCAUUCAGAUCGUCCCACACACACACAGGAGCAAAAGAGACAUUCUUUCAGAGACCAAAUAUAUUGAGCUGGUGCUGGUGGCGGAUCAUAAAGAGUAUAUGAAUUAUCAGAAAAAUAAUAAAACCAUAAUCUACCGUAUGUUGGAUGUGGCAAACCAAGUAGACUGGUUCUACCGGCCGCUGAAUGUGCGCGUGGCUCUGCUGGGUUUGGAGAUCUGGAGUGACCAGGAUAGAAUUAAAGUGGAUAAAAAUCCCACUGAAACUCUAAACCGCUUUCUGGAUUGGAGGACCAGGGAGCUUCUACCACGACUACGGCAUGACAACGCACAACUUAUCAUGGGUGAAUCAUUUGAUGGGACGACAGUAGGCAUGGCAUCUCAGUCCUCCAUGUGCUCAAAGGAUCGGUCAGGGGGAGUAAAUGUGGAUCACCUGGUGAGCGUGUUAGGUGUGGCGUCAACGGUGGCACACGAGCUGGGUCACAACCUGGGAAUGAGUCACGAUACAGCCGACCGACGCUGCCAGUGCCAGAAUGAGCCUCGGCUUGGGGGCUGCAUCAUGGAGCCCUCCACUGGGUUUAUGCCCGGUCAGCUCUUCAGCAGCUGCAGCGAACGGGACCUCUCUCUCAGUCUCCUGCACGGCGGUGGAAUGUGUCUGUUUAACGUGCCUCAGCCGGAGAGUCUUCUGGGAGGUCCACGCUGUGGGAACCUGUACGUGGAGAAAGGAGAGGAGUGUGACUGUGGCCUGCUGGAUGAAUGUAAUGACCCUUGCUGCAAUGCAAGCACGUGUAAACUGGUUCCCGGGGCCCAGUGUUCUUCUGAUGGCAUCUGCUGUGAGAACUGCAAGCUGCGUGUGGCCGGGUCAGUAUGUCGGGAUCCGCUGGGAGAGUGCGAUUUGCCGGAGUUCUGCACCGGCACGUCGCCCUACUGUCCUCCUAAUGUGUUUCUGCAGAACGGAGAGUCUUGCAAGGAUGGGUCCUCGUACUGCUACAGCGGUGUGUGCGCCAGUCUGGACGAGCAGUGCCAAAUGCUCUGGGGGCCGAACUCCACCCACGCUCCACCCAUCUGCUUCUCCUCUGUGAAUAAGCAGGGCAAUAAAUACGGAAACUGUGGCCAGAUGCCCAACGGUUCCUACAUCCCCUGUUUGAAAUGGGAUGUGCACUGUGGUAGGAUCCAGUGUCAGGGUGGAAAUGAGCGUCCUCUGCUGGGCUCCAACGCUGAGAUUCUGACCACAACGGUCAAACUAAACCAGAGUGACUUCACCUGCCGGGGUGCCUAUUUUAAUCUGGGGGAUGAUGUUUCUGACCCAGCCAUGGUGUCACAGGGGACGGCUUGUGGGCCCAACAAGGCAUGUGUAGACCAAAAGUGCAGGGACGUGUCCAUGUUUGGUGUUGAGGAAUGCCGCAGGAAGUGCAACGGCCAUGGGGUGUGUAACAGUAAUAAGAACUGUCACUGUGAUGAAGGCUGGGCUCCUCCUGACUGCAGAUACUCUGGAACCGGUGGCAGUGUGGACAGUGGCCCUGCACAACAGACCAGAGAUUCAGAUCCUGCGCGGGUGGCUCUGCUGGUCAUUUUCCUGUUUGUGUUGCCGGUCUCGCUGCUGUUUGUCGCACUCCGCUUCCCCCGCUGUCGACGAGGCCUCGUGUACCUCGGCCACACCCCCUUCAACAAGAGCCGACAGAGCCGGACUCCUGCCAUGGAGCUUGCAAAUGCUCGAAAUGGAGAUCAGGUGCAACCGCUCAGGUACCAGUGGCCCCAUCAGAGCGACAUCCCUCUCACCCAGGCCAUCAGCAAGGUUCAAAACAGGCCCGCUGCUCCAACUAAACCUCUUCCGCCUGAUCCUGUCGUUAAACCAGCUCAGUUGGUGGGGCAUUGGCCGGCCCCUCCCACCAAACCCCUCCCUCCUGACCCCAUCCCCUCAGAGAGCAAGAUGCAGUUCAAGGUAGAGGGAGCAGUUGCUGCUAGCUGCCAUCCCGCAGGAACACGACCGGCUGCACCAAGCAAGCCUCUCCCUCCUGACCCUGUCCUCUCUACCCGACAGAACCCUGUUCCCCCCAAACCUCCAGUUCCCAAGAAACCACUGCCUGUGGAUCCUUCAUCCCAUCCUCAUCCACCCCCACUGCUGGGACAUCCAGGACCCGCCACAUCUUCAUCGUCUUACUCACGUAACCCUGCAUCAGCUGCUGCUCCCGCCAGACCUGCCCCUCAUCCGCCUUUACGGAGACAGCAGUACCCUGGGAAACCCCACGUUCUUCACCAAGUAUAGACAGGAAGGAAAAGCUGGCCCGGCUGCAAAUUUACGGAAAACAUUUUUUUUUGGUCUUGGUUUAAUUGUAAAAAUAAUUGUCAUUAAAGCAAGAUACAUUUAAGAAGAAAAAUUGCAUAACAUUUUUAGAGAAUGUAUUCUGAAUAUAUAGUGUAUAAUAUAUACCCUAUAUAAUUAUAUAAUAGGGUAAGAUAUGCAGUUUUUUUUCUUCUCAUGUAAAUGUAUUUUAAGGACUUUUAUGGCUUGUUAUUUUUACUGUGAAACACGACAAAAAACUGUGUUUUUUUUUGCCAUGUGGACCCACUUUGGGAAACAACGUGAUGUAGACAAUUGCACAAUUCUAUUUGCACUGACCAUGGUUGAGGAUUUAAUUCUGCAGGGUGAACAUUAACACCUGUACGGACCUCGGAACAGAACUUUCUGAGAAAUGACGUACUCCAAUGAAGAUGAAAGAAUGUUAUAAUUCUGAAGAACUUUUAAAAGUUGACAUGGAGUGGAUGUACAUUCCUUUCGUGAUUCGGAUGUUCAGUUCAACGCAUGGAAAUAGGAUAUGACGAGACGAUGCCUUGAGGAAGGAGUUCUGAUUUCUUUCUCUGAGAUGCUGUAUGCAUGCUCAAUUUGCCUGAUCUGAUCUUUUCCUACAGAAUCUCUUUGGUGCCUAAAUACUUUUCCUCAAUGAACAUUUCAUCAAUGGUUGUUCUAAUACAGUCACACCAAAACUGAAUUUCCGCACUCUUUUGUUUCGAGAGUUUCUGAUGUGUCACAUUCCAUUGAACAUCAGUUGGUCUCAGUACAGAUAUUACCAUUGGACACAAACACACGUUCUCUGUAAAGUCUUUACUGUAAAGUAAUGUCUUAUAUCGGUAUCAAGACAGUUCAGAUUGUGAUUGUAAAUGCUGCUGCAGUGGAAAAGCUGACUGAUUUGAAGAUCGCCUUUUGGAUCAAAGCACUGAGGAAGGUAUAUUUAAGUGUAUUUUGACAUAUGCAGUAUUUUUAAUGCAAUAAACACGGGAUUUAUUUUUACAGUUGA